GCCGGCGGGGUUAGGCCGCCGCACGCCGGAAGUGGCGGCUGGAGCGGGAGCGCUGAGGUGUCGGCCGGCGGGGCAGCGGGCGGGAGUCGGGGGGCGGGUGCAUCGGUCAUGUUUCCCUUCGGGCCUCGUAGUCCCGAAGGGGACGAGGCGGCCGGAGCCGGGGCUGAGGAGCCGGCACCCAACGGAGGGCGGGCGGCAGUCAUCGGGCCGCUCCCUUCCCCGCCCGCGCCGCCACCGCCCGGGGCUGACGCAGUCCCUCCCCCGUCGCCCUCCUGGAGCCCGCGCUGCCCCGGCGCCCCUUCGCUGCCCCCGGCCGCGUGCGCCGAGGCUCUGGAGUCCUCAGCUGCUGCAGCCCAGGGAAAGUUGUCGCCGCCCUCCCCGCCGCGCCGGCGACCCGGGCCAGACUGCAGGGUCGGAAGCCGGGGCCAGCACGGCUUCUGCGCCAGCCUGGGCGGCCCCGGCGCCCGGCUCUUCGGGUGGCUGAGAGCGCGCAGCCUGGGCCGCGGGCUGUGCGUGGACCCGGCGCGGGACAAUUUCCGCACCAUGACAAACCUCUACGGUUCCAUCCAUCCCGCGGACUCGGUGUACCUCAGCACCCGCACCCACGGUGCAGUCUUCAACCUCGAGUACUCGCCCGACGGGUCAGUGCUGACAGUUGCUUGUGAACAAACUGAAGUUCUGCUUUUUGACCCUAUAUCUUCAAAGCACAUAAAAACACUUUCUGAAGCUCAUGAAGACUGUGUAAAUAAUAUCAGAUUUCUUGAUAACCGGCUGUUUGCUACCUGCUCUGAUGACACUACAAUAGCACUAUGGGAUCUGAGAAAAUUGAACACCAAAGUAUGCACUUUACAUGGUCACACUAGCUGGGUGAAGAACAUCGAAUAUGAUACUAAUACAAGACUCUUAGUAACAUCAGGAUUUGACGGAAAUGUCAUUAUUUGGGACACCAACAGGUGUACAGAAGAUGGGUGUCCACAUAAGAAGUUCUUUCACACUCGUUUUCUCAUGCGAAUGAGAUUAACACCAGAUUGUUCCAAAAUGUUGAUCUCAACGUCCUCUGGGUAUCUCUUGAUUUUGCAUGAUCUUGACUUAACCAAGUCUUUAGAAGUAGGCAGCUAUCCCAUUUUGAGAGCAAGAAGAACUACAUCAAGUUCAGAUCUGACCACUUCGUCAAGUUCAUCUGGUACUAGAGUUUCUGGUUCACCUUGUCAUCACAGUGAUUCCAAUUCAUCUGAGAAGCACAUGUCACGAGCUUCACAGAGAGAAGGAGUUUCGCCACGAAAUAGCCUUGAAGUCUUAACCCCUGAAGUUCCUGGUGAGAGAGACCGUGGAAACUGCAUAACGUCCUUACAGCUGCAUCCAAAAGGCUGGGCCACUCUUCUGCGAUGCUCCAGUAACACUGAUGAUCAGGAGUGGACAUGUGUCUAUGAAUUCCAGGAGGGAGCGCCUGUGCGACCUGUCUCACCUCGCUGUUCUCUACGACUGACUCAUUACAUUGAAGAAGCCAACGUAGGCAGGGGUUAUAUCAAAGAACUUUGCUUCAGCCCUGAUGGGCGAAUGAUUUCUUCCCCACAUGGCUACGGGAUUCGCUUGUUGGGAUUUGACAAACAGUGCAGUGAACUGAUUGACUGUUUGCCCAAAGAAGCCAGCCCCUUGCGGGUGACCCGUUCCCUGUACUCUCAUAAAGACGUGGUACUGACGACAAAGUUCUCUCCAACGCAUUGUCAGAUUGCCUCAGGGUGCCUCAGCGGGCGGGUUUCUUUGUACCAGCCAAAGUUUUAGGCACAACGUACAUCAAGUAAGGACUGCUCCUGCUGUUUGACUUAUAAAUUACUUCAAUUUAGGUGAAGUAUUUUAUUUUUAGAAGAUCUUAAAAGUUUGGGCCAAGAUCCUGGUUCUUACGGGUCCGUGAACACCCCUGACCCGAGGACUCGGGCGUCCAGCGCCCCAGGGGCCCGCAGGCGGCCUCCGAAGCGGCCUCUUGUGCACGACGCCUCGGCUCCUGCUCACCUGGGCGCCGAGCGACGGCUCUUCUGGUGAUUGUGCAUGGUAGCUCUCGCCAAGGUUCUUCUGUUUUUGUUUUUGGUGUGAAUUUUGUGGACAUUUGGCAGGAGUUUUGGUUGGGUUAGGAGAAACCUGUGAUACUAGUAUUGAAUAAAACCCAGAAGUUUGA